AUGCAGAGAAACUUCGAUACCUUCGCUCGUGAGCGUGGCUUCGCCUUCGUCGACGGCGUCCCUUUCGACACGCCCAGCGCCACGAAGGAAGUCCUGGAGAGAAUCGCCUUCAUCCGCGAGACGCACUACGGCGGCUUCUACGACUUCAUCCCCGACAUGGCCAUGGCCGACACGGCCUACACCAACAUCGCCCUGCCGGCGCACACCGACACCACCUACUUCACCGACCCCGCCGGCCUGCAAGCCUUCCACAUGCUCUCCCACGAGGCCCCGCCAGGCAGCGAGCCCUCCGCCGACGGCGAACUAGGCGGCAAGUCGCUCCUCGUGGACGGCUUCCACGCCGCAAACGUCCUCAAGCAGGAGGACGAGAAAGCUUUCGACAUCCUCACCAGGUUGCGCCUGCCCUGGCACGCCAGCGGCAACGAGGGCAUCACCAUCUCGCCCGACAGGUUGUACCCCGUGCUCGAGCUCCAUCCCCUCUCGGGGAAGGUGCACCGGGUGCGGUGGAACAACGACGACCGCGGCGUCGUGCCCUUUACGAAGGAUAUCGCCCCGGAGGAGUGGUACGCGGCAGCCCGCAAGUGGAACGAGAUUCUCAAGCGGCCCGACAUGGAGUUUUGGACACAGCUCACGCCGGGCAGAGUGUUGAGUAAGUGUGCUCCUCGCAGGUGGAAAAUGCUCUAG